UUGAAAAACAGACAAGAAAACCAGAAUCAGAAAAACGAAAAUGGAGAACAAAGACAAGUUCAAGGUUGCACUCACAGUCACUCUCUUCGCAGCCGUCUCCAUCUUCUUCACAAAUCAAUACAGAAAACACCGAAGACAACAAAAGCAGCACUCUCAAAACUCUUGCUAUCUCAAAACAGAACCCAAGCCUCAAAACACUUUCAAGCGCGUUUUGGCCGACAACUGCUACUCUCCUUUCAAACACCUCAAGCUCACCACCACCGACUCCACCACCACCACCGAGGAAUUUGUGAAUUUGCAUCCGUACAAAGCGGAGAUUUCGGCUUUAUUGGAGAGAACGGAAAUAGAAUUCGAGUUUUUUGAUGGAGAAUUCAAUUUGGAAAUGAGCGACUCUUUCGUUUGGGUUGAAACGGAGUCGCACUUACAAGAGCUUGCGGAGUUGUUGAGGAAAGAAAGAGUCUUUGCUGUUGACACUGAGCAGCAUGGUUUACGCUCCUUUUUAGGUUUCACAGCCCUUGUCCAGAUUUCGACGCAAAGGAAUGAUUAUUUAAUCGACACUAUAGCGUUACACGAUGUAAUGGGAAUUCUUCGACCAGUUUUCGCUAAUCCUGACAUCUGUAAGGUGUUCCAUGGUGCUGAUAAUGAUGUUCUCUGGCUACAAAGGGAUUUUCAUAUAUACAUUGUCAAUUUAUUUGAUACUGCAAAGGCAUGUGACGUAUUGUCAAAACCACAGAAAUCAUUAGCAUACUUACUAGAGAUGUAUUGUGGUGUUGCCACCAACAAAAUGCUACAGCGUGAAGACUGGAGGCGACGUCCACUGCCUUUGGAAAUGGUGCAAUAUGCUCGAACAGAUUCACACUUUUUGCUGUAUAUUGCAAAUUGUAUUGCUUCUGAGCUCAAACAGCAGGACAAUGAAAAUUCAGCUUGCAUCGAUGACAAAUUCCAUUCUGUUCUCGAGGCUAGCCGGCGUUCCAAUGUGAUCUGUUUGCAACUUUUUGCGAAAGAUAUUGAUGCUGCUCCAGGAGAAUCUGCUGCAUCAUCACUUAUUUUCCGUCACUUCAAUGAUCAAGGAAAUGUGUCAUCAAUUUUUGCCGAAAAUAAGGAUUUUGUGAGGCGACUGUGCACCUGGAGGGAUUUAAUGGCCCGUGUGCAUGAUGAGAACUUAAGAUAUGUAUUAUCAGAUCAAGCAAUUGUUGCUCUUGCGGUUAAGGUUCCAACCACCUUAACGGAUAUAUACAACACCAUAGCACAAGCUGAUAUAGACGUUGAUUCUCUGGAUCUUAACUCUUCCUUCCAAUCUCCAUAUCCUGUUGUUUGCAGUCAUUUGGAUGACUUCAAAAUUUUGUUCCAAGACAAGAUGGUCGAGCCAGAUGAGAUAUUUCAACUGAUUCUUCAAAGGCACCUGGGUCCAAAUGGGACUUGUCCUCUGUCAAUUUAUAACUAUGCUUUGUUGACCAAAAGUAACAUGAAACUAACAAAUAGAUUAGUUUCCAGACGAAAUGGGCGCAGAAAUGCAAAACAAGUUACUCGAAAGGCUUCUCGAGAACUGUUUGUUCAAAAAUUUUCCUGCAAAUCUCCAGUUUAUCACAACUGUAGGAUAUAUGCAAAUGACGGGCGGUUGUUAUGUUAUUGUGAUCACAGAAAGCUUGAAUGGUAUCUUCGGCGAGAUCUGGCAAAACUUGUUGAUGAAAAUCCACCUGCCAUAAUUCUACUCUUUGAACCCAAGGGCCGUCCAGAAGAUGAGGGCAAUGACUUCUAUAUUCAAAGUAAGAAAAAUAUAUGUGUUGGAUGUGGUGAAGGAAAUCACUAUUUACGCUACCGAAUAAUACCGGCAUGCUAUAGAAUGCAUUUUCCAGAGCAUCUAAAAAGCCAUCGUUCUCACGAUAUUGUCCUGGUUUGUGUGGACUGCCAUGAAAGUGCUCAUACUGCUGCUGAGAAGUGUAAGAGACAGAUAGCUGCAGAACUUGGAAUACCACUUUACAUUCGUAAAGUAGUAGAUUCUAGUCAAGCCCAGGGUAUGUCAUCUGCAUCUGUUUUAAAUCUUGAGGAGGCAGGUGUGUCUCCUUUGGAGUUGCGAACAUCAGCUAUGGCUCUCUUACGCCAUGGAACGAGAAUGCCAUCUAAGCGCCGAGAAGAAUUGACACAGGUGUGA